AUGGCCGCAGCUUCGACAGAUUCGGGGCAGGGCUCCACUAAAAUAACUCCUGAAGUGCUGCAGGAGAUGCUCCAGUACUACAACCUGAGCCGUCAGGAGUUUAUCAACACCUACAACAUCCAGCCGCUCGUCUACAUCCCCGAGUUACCGUACAACGCCAAAACCACCUUCGUGAUCAUGUAUGUGGUUAUUUUCGUCCUGGCUCUGGCUGGAAAUAGUUUGGUCAUCUACAUAAUUGUGAAGAAACGGACGAUACAGACGGCGACAGAUAUUUUUAUUUGCUCUCUGGCGGUCAGCGACCUGCUCAUCACUUUCUUCUGCAUACCGUUUACUUUGCUGCAGAACAUCUCCUCUGAAUGGUUCGGCGGGGUUCUGGUUUGCAAGGCUGUUCCAUUUGUACAGACUACAGCCAUAGUGACAGGCAUCCUAACAAUGACCUGCAUUGCCAUUGAGAGAUACCAGGGCAUUGUAUUCCCACUGAAAAUGAGGAGGCAGUACUCGUCCAGAAGAGCAUACAAGAUGCUAGGACUUGUAUGGAUUGCCUCAGUGAUAGUGGGAUCACCAAUGCUGUUUGUGCAACAGUUAAAGGUGAAGUACGACUUCUUGUACGAUCACUACCAUGUGUGUUGUCAGGAGAGUUGGAGCUCGGUGACUCACAGGCAGGCGUACACCACCUUCAUCAUGGUGGCCCUUUUCCUGCUCCCUUUGGCAGCCAUGCUAUUCCUCUACACACGCAUUGGCAUAGAGUUGUGGAUCCGCAAGAGGGUGGGUGAUGCCUCAGUCCUCAACACCAUGAACCACAGGGAGAUCAGUAAGAUAUCAAGGAAAAAGAAAAGGGCUGUGAAAAUGAUGAUCACCAUUGUUCUGCUAUUCACAAUUUGCUGGGCACCCUUCCACACAGUCCACAUGCUGUUUGAAUACUAUGACCUGGAGAAGAAAUACGACGGAGUCACACUCAACAUGAUCAUCGCCAUUGUUCAGGCCAUCGGGUUCUUCAACAGCUUCAACAAUCCCAUCGUCUACGCCUUCAUGAACGAGAACUUCAAGAAGAGUUGCUUUUCCACCCUCUCCCACUGCAUUCGAAAGCCUACCCAGCAGAGUGGUGCUGUGGUGGCGCCUAGACUGAGUGUGCAGUUCAUCAAACCCCAAAGUAGAGAAGCCUUCCUGGAGCCAGACGAAGGCAAUAGCCUGGAACCGCACUCAGCAGAGAAGGGCCCUUCGACGUCAUCACACGGAGAGAGCUCCCUGGAAAUAAUGGGAGAGAAAAUCUCCACCAUUCAAACGGAGCUCCCUGCAAACAGCUCCUCUCAAGUAAAAUGAGAAGGGACUGUCCCGGAUCUCAGGUGUUUUAAUUGCUUACCUUCGAUUGCCACGCUUGCUGUCAAUUACUUUCACUUCAGGCCAGCAGCUGCAAGGACAUCAAAUGUGAUUUCAAGUUUCACUGAUGUGGCUGAAAGAUGCAAAAGUCCGAAAGCUUGAUAACAUAUCUCUGCAGAGCAAGGAGUUAGGGAAUGUAUUCCCAUGCUGGUCAGGAGCGCAGAAGAAAGAUUGUUAAUGAAUAUCACAAAGAGACACUUUAACUAUAAACUCUGAGUAGGGUGGUCAGACCCUACUGAGAAAUCAUUUCCGCUUGUCUCUGAAAUCUGGAGGACAUUCAGCAGUUCUUCGUGAAAGCAUAAUGAUGCAUGAGUGUUCAAUGUCACCCCAAAUGACCUGAAAUUGCAUUAAGGCACAGCAGGAACUGUUUGGAAAUGAAAAUGUAGAGGACUUUGCAGAGCUAUGCUUUUAGAAGAGAUGCCUAAUCUUUCAUCGACAGCUAAAUUCGCAUUAAG